GCAUUUCGGGUCGACUAUUGAUAUCCAAAACAUUGAGACUUAAAAUACAUAAUAAUUACAAUAAUAUUGCAAUUUAUUGACAAUUAUUUGUUUGAAAAUUGUUUUGUUUUCAAUGAAAAUCUAUUGAUUGUAUGAAUCGGUUAAUAAUAUUGUUUGCAGUGAUUGUGUAAAUCAAUUGAUUAGUUGACAAUCAGUUUUGAUUGAAACCUUGAUUUGCAAUUAAAUAAAACUAUUAAUUGAUGGAUGAAUUGCAGACCUAUUAUCAGAUCCCAUCCAUUACUCACUUCUGUAAUCUAUUUAGACAUCACUUAGAUUUACCAGAUUUUGAUUAUGAGGAUUUAGAGUUUGCUUUCGUGACUCUUAUCUCUUCAGACGAGUCAGAUGUGUCUUCAGUCAACUCGAAUCUCGUCUUACGACUGAUUUGUUCACUUCUUAAGGGAUAUUUCAGGACAACUAUCAAUGAUACAAAUUGGGAAAAUUAUUUACAAAAAUUAUUUCAAAUUCAAUGGACUGGCAUCGAGAAGAAGAGUUCUCCAUUUAUUACAUUUGAUUUGGACGGCAAUGAAAUUCAUCAACGGUUUUAUGAUUUGCCGCUUAGAGUAAAACUUGAUGUAAUCCAUGCUUUAUGUGAUUAUCGACUGUUUGCUGACGAUAUUGCAAACAUAGUCAAUGAAAUUAAUGGCGAUGACUACCGAGUUGAACCUCUCGGUACUGAUAGUAAAGGAUAUAUUUAUUGGUAUUUUUAUGGGACCCGAUUAUAUCGAGAGAAUCCUGGAUUAGCCGAAAAAAUUGAUUCGAGUUAUAAAAAAUAUGACGAAUCACUGGCCAAAAGAGCCGAAGAUCUUAAACGUGUUAAACUUAAAGAAGAACAGGAAAGGAAACGUCAGGAGUUAGAAGAGAUUAAACGUAAGAAAGAGGAGACUAAAAAAAGUAGAAAUUUGCCGCCAAAAGUGCCCGGUUUUCGGGAAGGACUCAGACAGAGAAAACCAGAAACACCUUCAAAGCCCAACGGAGUGGUUAACAAUAAAAACUCUUCAAAGAAAAGUGCUGUGAGUGUAGAAUCCACUAAUAAAAAGUGUGAAAUUAGUGUUACACGAGUAAAGGAUGUGUUGUGGGAUUUAAGUGAACGACAGGAGGGCUGGAGUUUAGUUUGUCGGACGGAACAGGACUGGAAAGAGUUGUGCGAAAAGUUUGCCAAAAGUAAAACCAAAUGUGAGAUCGAGUUUUAUAGAUUGUUAUCCAAGAGUUUUGUACCUAAAAUAACUGAAAUAUUUGAAGAACAAGAAAAAGAAAGAGCAAAAGUUGACAGACAAAGACUUCUUGAGCUAUUACCGCGUAGAGCGUCGUCUAGAAUUGAAUUGAAAAAAAUAGUAAAAGAAAAACAAGAUUUAGAAGAGGAAGAACUAGAAAGACGACUAAAAGAUGAAUUAGAAAGAAAGCGACGAUUAGAUAACGAGAAAUCGUUAAGAGAAAGAAGUGAAAGAAUACGACAGGAAAGGGAAGAAAGAGCUUCGAAAAGAAUUAAAUUAGUCGAAGAAAGGGCCGACAGAGCGAUCAAACGACAACUUAUUGAGAAUGGAGUCAUCCAUGAGAUGAAUGAUAUUCAAAAUACCGAAGAUUUCAAUGAUUCCAAUGAUAUGAAUACUGAAUACAUUAACGAAGAAUUUACUAAUAUAUUGAGUCCAACAACCAAUACCAUAGAUAAACUUCAUGAAAAUCUAGAAAAAGUGAUUGUAAAUGUAAAGUCCAAUCGGGACGCCUGGCCUUUUGCUGAACCGGUUGACGGCAUUAAGUUUCCGAUGUAUUAUCAGGUGAUCGAACAUCCAAUAGAUUUGUCAAUAAUUGAGAAUAAGAUUUUGAACAAAGAGUAUAAUGUAUUUGAAGAUCUGGAGAAAGACUUUAAACUAAUGGUUAAUAAUUGCGAGACAUUUAAUGGACCUAAAAAUGGCUACACAUUAAUGGCUUAUGCGGUUUGGCGUGCAUUUAAAAGAGCAACUCUUAAACAUUUAGAGCGAGAGUUAAGUUAUGAUGAGAGCAUUGCAUUUAUAUAUCCACCAAAAAAGUCUAAUCCAAGUAAUAUAAAGCCAGCAAUUGAGGCGAAAAAAAAGAAAAUACAAAACAAAAGGCGAACAACAUUUAAAGCACUUAAUGUUUUGGCCGAAGCGGCAGAAAAGGCUGUUAUGGCAAACGAGUCGCGACUUAAUCCUAACACUGUUAUCAACAACACUACAGACAAUGAAGAGUCUUGUCCUAAAACUAUUUCAUUUUCUAAUCCAAAUAACGUAUUUAUUGAAAGUCAUGAACCGACAAAUACACUACAAGUCGACGGUGAUAUGUGGGCUAACUUUCUUCACAAUAUAAAUCAUAAACAAUCCAUACCUCAACUUCAGUCAAAUCCACAACAAACAGUCUCAACAAACACUAAAAUUGCUGAGAAUUUAACAUUUAAAUCAUUGAAUGACUGGAGUCAAAGCAUCAAACAAAAUGGCAAUUGUGUUGUUUUGCCACAAAAUGCUGUCAUUAUAUCAUCACCUAAAGUAUCUCAAGUUGGACCACAAUUUUCAUUAAAAGUAGUUUCUUCUGGAAAUGACAUGAAUACCAACACAUCAAACGCUGUAUUUACAUCAUCUGUAAUAUCAAACAAUGAAAACGCACGCAAAGAGUUAUCAAUUACUGAUCCCAAACGCCUUGUUAUCAAAUUGAGUCGCUGUGAGACAGGACAGGUCUGGAAACCUGUUACCAUCAUAAGCACGACUCAAAAUAGUAUUAAUCCUAAUAAUAUGGUUAAUACUGUUAAUUUUACAAACACUGGACAAGUGGUCAGCAAUAAUGUUCAACUAAUUCAAAGCUUAAGAAGUAUUCCAUCAAAUUGUAUUCCUGUGAAGAAACGAUUAUUACCUGUAUUUCAGGCUAACACUCAAAAUCAAUUGGUUGAACAAACAACACCAUCACUCACUAUCACCAAUAAUACAUCCAAUACUAAUACCUUUAAACCGAUUUCACAAUCAUUUCAAAUAUCAGGAAUACAAUCCAACCAAAGCUCAAAUGUGAAGAUAUAUAGACUUCAAACUGUGGAUCAGUCGACUAAUAAUUUGCUAAUUAGACAAAAUACUAAUAUACCAACUGUUUUAAUGCCUUCAAAUAAUCCGACACCUAAUGGAUUAAACACUGAUUUAAAAGGCACUCAAAAUUCUCAAGACUGUUAAUAAAUGCUUAAU